CAUGGAUGAGCUUUAUCCUCCCUUUUCCUUUUACGCUCCAUCGUAGCGCGUAUUUCAGUGGGAACGAGAUGUCCUGGAUGUAUUUUCUACGAAGAGAGUGAAAGUGGAGGGAAGCGCAGUUCGCUGGAGCCAUGUGGAGGGCGGACAUGUCCCUUGAUGGCAGCACCGCGGGCGAAAAGCGACAGUGAGAGGGAGACAAUAUUUGCGCCUUUCUUUUGGGGGGAAAAAGAUCCGUCAAUGAGGAAACAAAGAGAGAAGAGAUGGUAGAGAAUGGCCGCACCUGACCUUCUUGACCCGAAAUCUGCUGUCCAAAACACCAAACCUCGCCUGUCCUUCUCAGCCAAACCGGUUGUUCUGAACACCCCAGAUGAUGACGAGUGUGACACCCGGACAACUGUCAUGAGGUGGAAAACUGUGUCAGCCAUCUUCUUCUUGGUGGUGCUUUACCUCAUUAUUGGAGCAACGGUUUUCAAAGCUCUGGAGCAGCCCGAUGAGACAGAGCAGAAAAACGCCAUCCUUCGGAAAAAACUGGACUUCUUGAUGAUGCACGCCUGUGUGAACACUUCUGAGCUGGAGGAUUUGGUCAAGCAAGUGGUGUCAGCAGUCCGAGCCGGUGUGAAUCCUUCAGGAAAUGCAUCUAACCAGACGAGCCUCUGGGACAUCAGCUCCUCCUUUUUCUUUGCUGGGACUGUUAUCACCACUAUCGGGUUUGGGAACAUCUCUCCUCACACAGAAGGAGGGAGGAUCUUCUGCAUCAUCUACGCUCUGCUCGGGAUUCCCCUCUUUGGAUUCCUUUUGGCUGGUGUCGGGGAUCAGCUGGGGACCAUUUUUGGGAAAGGCAUCGCCAAAGUGGAGAAGAUGAUUGUGAAGUGGAAAGUCAGUCAAACAAAGAUCCGUGUCUUCUCCACCCUCCUCUUCAUCCUGUUCGGCUGCCUCAUCUUCGUGGCCCUGCCCGCUGUCAUCUUUCAGCACAUCGAAGGCUGGAGCACGCUGGAGUCCAUCUACUUCGUGGUCAUCACUCUCACCACCAUCGGCUUUGGAGACUUUGUCGCUGCUGGAUCAGAGAGUCCGGUCUAUCUGGACUACUACAAGCCUGUGGUGUGGUUCUGGAUUCUGGUGGGCCUGGCGUACUUCGCUGCUGUGCUGAGCAUGAUUGGAGACUGGUUCCGUGUCAUCUCCAAAAAGACUAAAGAGGAGGUGGGGGAGUUUCGAGCUCACGCAGCUGAGUGGACAGCAAACGUCUCAGCUGAGUUCAAAGAGACCCGGCGGCGACUCAGCGUUGACAUCUAUGACAAGUUCCAGCGCGCUGCAUCCAUCAAGCGCAAGCUGUCGUCCGAGUUGGGCAUUAACGCGUCCAUCAAUCAAGAAAUGACCCCUGGCAAGAGGACGCUGUCGGCCAACCUGUGUGAGGACAGAGAAGCUUACACCAGCCUGACUCUCUCUCUCAGUCCCGGCACUGGUGGUCUGGCCAGGAACGGGAGCCUUUACCUUAACGGCCUCAGCCCGGACUACGCUGACCGGCGGGAGAUCGCAAUCAUCGAAAACCUAAAAUGA